UUUCUGCUGGAGAACCUGGGAUCCGCCUAGGCGCUAGCCUGCUGGGGUUUACUGGCUGUUGAGUAGACUUCAAAGCGGUGUGACGUCGCUCCACCAGUCCCUGCCUUCUUGAGAAAAAGGGUAGCUGCUUUCUGAGCCAUCACGUACCAACUUCAUGUAUUCCUAAGAUGGUCAUCAGCUUCUUGGUUUUUUUUCUGAGGCCUUACUGAGAUUUAAUUACUUACAGGCUCUAGUGGUUAUAAAGUAAUUUAAGAUGUUUGUACUACUCAGUUUUAACUCUCUAAUUGACUCUUGUGUUAAGACACAUUGCUUUAACUUGGGAAUGGUUAAAUGGCCAAAGAAUUCAAUUAUUUGCGGAUAAGGGCUAUUUUAUUUGACUACUGUUGGUCUGCAACUUAAACUUGCAUCUUUUAUUUUUUUUUAUCCUAUGCUUUUUCUGUGUUAUGGCUGCUGCAACAAUAGUUCAUGAUACAUCAGAAGCUGUAGAGCUCUGUGCUCCCUGUGGGUUAUACCUUAAACCCAUUACAAAAAUGACCAUCAGUGUGGCACUUCCUCAGCUGAAACAACCGGGAAAAUCCAUUUCGAACUGGGAAGUGAUGGAAAGAUUGAAAGGGAUGGUACAAACUCAUCAGUUUUCCACUCUGCGGAUUUCUAAAAGCACAAUGGAUUUCAUCCGGUUUGAAGGAGAGGUUGAAAACAAAAGUUUGGUUAAAUCUUUUCUGGCAUGCCUUGAUGGCAAAACAAUAAAGCUGAGUGGCUUCUCUGACAUUUUAAAAGUCCGUGCUGCGGAAUAUAAGAUUGACUUUCCUACCAGACAUGACUGGGACUCGUUUUUCCGUGAUGCAAAAGAUAUGAAUGAAACUUUGCCAGGGGAAAGGCCAGAUACUAUUCACUUAGAGGGCUUACCUUGUAAGUGGUUUGCAGCAAAGGACUCUGGCUCGGAAAAGCCAAGUGAAGAAGUCCUCAUAAAAGUUUUCAAGAAAUUUGGAGAAAUACGUAAUGUGGAUAUACCCAUGCUGGACCCUUACAGAGAAGAAAUGACUGGCAGAAAUUUUCACACUUUCAGUUUUGGAGGCCAUUUAAAUUUUGAAGCUUAUGUUCAAUAUCGAGAGUACGCAGGUUUCAUUAAGGCCAUGAACGCCCUGCGAGGGAUGAAGCUGAUGUAUAAAGGCGAUGACGGCAAAGCAGUGGCUUGCAAUGUAAAGGUUUCUUUUGACUCAACGAAACACCUCAGUGAUGCAUCAAUUAAGAAGCGUCAGCUUGAAAGGCAAAAGCUUCAAGAGCUUGAAAAACAGAGAGAAGAACAAAAACGUAAAGAGAAAGAAGCUGAGGAAAAACAAAAAGAGGAAGAAAGGAAGCAGAGAGAGCUUGAAGAAUAUGAGAGAGAGAGAAAAAGAGAAGAAAAGUUGCGUAAGAGAGAACAGAAACAGAAAGAUCGUGAAGUUCGACGAAACAAAAAGCAACUUGAAAAGCUUCAAGCUGAAGAACAGAAAAAACUGCAAGAGAAGAUAAAGUUAGAAGAAAGGAAGCUCCUGUUAGCUCAGAGAAAUCUUCAGUCCAUUAGACUAAUUGCAGAACUGCUAAGCCGGGCAAAGACGGUAAAGCUUUUGGAGCAAGAACAUAAUGAAGAAAAGAUUCGUCUUCAGCAGCUAGAGGAGAGGCGAAGGCUCCAGGAGGCUGAGCUCAAACGUGUGGAAGAGGAAAAAGAGAGAGCACUGGGGUUGCAGAGAAAAGAAAAGGAACUGAGGGAGAAACUACUGAACAAUCUUCUGAGCAAGAAAAUGGAUGCACUUAAUCAAAACAAAGAAGAAACCGAAGCAUCUCAGUCUGACAUGCCGAAAAUCGCUAGCGGUGUUCCACACACUGUGUCAUCCAGCUGCAUCACUUCUACCACAGGACAGGCUGUUACAGGCAAACUGGCUCCCGGCUCUCAAAGAGAAGUAGCAUCCCCUGAGAGUGUAAACACUCAAUGCAAGUACUUGAAUGGCAACAUUCAUGACAAAGUUCAUGUCAAAGAAGGUCAGAGACUUCAUACCACAAACUCUGAGAGGUGUUCUGAGAAAAGAAGUUCAGGGGUACUUUCAUGUGUUCCCACCAAUAACCAGCAGCAGAAGAGCCUCUCUAGCUAUGACCAGAAUACCUGCAGGAAGGACUCACGCUGUGAGCAGAGCAAACGUAGCACAGAGUCAAGGAGAAGAAAGAGCCGUUCAUGUAGUAGCAUAAACACUGAUGAGAGUAAGGGUAAACGAGAGAGGAGCAGACACAGAAGAGAUGUGAGUUACCAGGAUGAAAAGCGCAGGAAAGAAAGGCGGUAUUACAGACGCUCUAGCAGAAGCUACAGUCCUCGACGAAGCCAUAGUCCUCGUCGAAGAAGUGUAAGUCCCAGGCGUUCACGUUACAGAAGAACUCGCAGUAGCGAACGUAAACGAGACAGAAGAGAAAGAAGUCAUAGUCGCAGAAGCGUGAGCAGGAGACGAAGGCACCGGAGGAGAUCACUGAGUAAGCAAAGGAGUACUUGGAGUGGGUAGUGAAGGCCUUGGCUCCUUGGAGAGGCUGUGUUUGGACAAAAGGGCCAGAAACUUGUAAACGAGACCUCAUCGGUGUGACUGCUAUAGAAAACAUGUUUGUUUCAACCAAUGCUUAGCUUGCAUCUAGUCCCUGAAAUCAAGAAAAUAGAUGCCUGAUUUUUUUUGACGUUCCUUCGUGCUUUGUUGUCUCUUUCUAGGUUUCUACCACAAUGUAGGUAUAACCACCUGUGCUUGUGCUCGAGUUCCUACAGUGCUAAAAGCCAACCUGUUUUCUUGAUUUUCCGUUUUCUAAACCUUAAUUUUAGUCGAUUUAGUUUUUAUCUCUAUCACCUAAUUUGGCUUGAGAAGUACAUGGGUGUCAGUUAUAGGAACUCCAGACAUGACAAGCUAUUGCAUACAGAUUUGACUUGAAAUGCUUUCUGGUGCAUUCAAUGAAAUCACAUUUAACAAAGUAGAAUAUUUGCUGAUUGAGAUGGAUAGCAGGACUUUCAUAUAGUUCUUAAAACUGACUAUAAAGAUACGCAGGAUAUCUUUUAAACUGCUAUGAUUCCUUCAUAUGUCUGUAUGGUGCCAAGCUUUGUGGCCCAAAUUAUUCUGGCAUGUAAUGCCGUUUGUAUAAUAAUACUUUCCAUGUAAGAGAGGCACACUGAUGUAGGAAGUAAGAAGCAGUGGUAAAAUGGUUGAAAAGUUCUGUUAUUUUGUGACAUAUUUGGCUUUGCAAUUACUUCAGGUGGCAUAGAGCCACCUGAAGCAUUUUUUCAGGUACACACAGAGCUAGCCAUUGUCUUUUGAAAAAGAGGCCUUCUUGCUAAAUUAUUUUUACUUGUGGUGUUGGAAAGUAAGGCUGCAGUGUCUCUUGUUAAAUCCAUUUAAGAAUACUUUUGCUUCUAAAAUGCAGCUCAGGAAUAUUAAAAGCUAUAACAUUACAGUGAAAGAGUUUAUUUUGCCUUUUUAUGGUAAAAUUAAAAAGAAAACUGUUUCCAGUGAACUGAAGUUGCUGUUGUCAUAUGUCAGUGUAUUAAAAUCUGCAGAAGUGUUGUAUGAGAACCCAUUUGUUGAAAAAAAUCACUCGACGC